UCGGCCUUGCCCCGCCGCCUGACUCCUUGCGGGCACCGCUUCCCAGCUCUGCCGCCGCGCUGCUCCGUUCUCCCUGUCGCGGGCCUCUUCCCUCACAUGGAUCUGGUCGGAGUGGCAUCGCCUGAGCCCGGGUCGGCCGCGCCCUGGGGACCCAGCAAGUGUCCAUGGGGUACCCCUCAAAAUACAGUAUCUUGUUCUCUGGCUGAUGUAAUGAGUGAACAGUUGGCUAAAGAAUUGCAGUUAGAAGAAGAAGCUGCUGCUUUUCCUGAAGCUGCUGUUGCUGAAGGACCAUUUAUUACUGGAGAAAACAUUGACACUUCCAGCGACCUAAUGCUGGCACAGAUGCUACAGAUGGAAUUUGACAGAGAAUACGAUGCACAGCUUAGGCGCGAAGAAAAAAAAUUCAAUGGAGAUAGCAAAGUUUCCAUUUCCUUUGAAAAUUACCGAAAAGUGCAUCCUUAUGAAGACAGUGAUAGCUCAGAAGAGGAGGUUGACUGGCAGGAUACUUGUGAUGACCCCUACAUACCAGCAAAACCAGUUCCUACCCCGAAAAAGGGUUUUAUUGGAAAAGGAAAAGACAUCACCACGAAGCAUGAUGAAGUAGUAUGUGGGAGAAAGAAUACAGCCAGAAUGGAAAAUUUUGCACCUGGGUUUCAGGUAGGAGAUGGAAUUGGAAUCUAUUUAAAACUAUCAAACCAUGUUUUCAAUGCUUUAAAGCAACAUGCCUACUCAGAAGAACGUCGAAGUGCCCGCCUCCAUGAGAAAAAGGAGCAUUCUACUGCAGAAAAAGCAGUUGAUCCUAAGACACGUUUGCUUAUGUAUAAAAUGGUCAACUCUGGAAUGUUGGAGACAAUCACUGGCUGUAUUAGUACAGGAAAGGAAUCUGUUGUCUUUCAUGCAUAUGGAGGGAGCUUGGAGGAGGAAAAGGAAGAUAGUAAAGUUAUACCUACAGAAUGUGCCAUCAAGGUAUUUAAAACAACCCUUAAUGAGUUUAAGAAUCGUGACAAAUAUAUUAAAGAUGAUUUCAGGUUUAAAGAUCGCUUCAGUAAACUAAAUCCACGUAAGAUCAUCCGCAUGUGGGCAGAAAAAGAAAUGCACAAUCUCACAAGAAUGCAGAGAGCUGGAAUUCCUUGUCCAACAGUUGUACUGCUCAAGAAACACAUUUUAGUUAUGUCCUUUAUUGGCCAGGAUCAAGUUCCAGCCCCUAAAUUGAAAGAAGUGAAGCUCAGUAGUGAAGAAAUGAAAGAAGCCUACUACCAAACUCUUCAUUUGAUGCAGCAGUUGUAUAACAAAUGUGCACUUGUCCAUGCCGACCUUAGUGAGUAUAACAUGCUGUGGCAUGCCGGGAAGGUCUGGUUGAUCGAUGUCAGUCAGUCUGUGGAACCAACCCAUCCUCACGGCCUAGAGUUCUUGUUCCGUGACUGUAGGAAUGUCUCCCAGUUUUUCCAGAAAGGAGGGGUAAAGGAGGCCCUUAGUGACAGAGAGCUCUUCUGUGCUGUUUCAGGCCUAAACAUCUCAGCAGACAGUGAGGCUGAUUUCUUAGCUGAGAUAGAAGCUUUGGAGAAAAUGAAUGAGGAUCAUGUGCAGAAGAAUGGAAGGAAAGCUGCCUCAUUUUUGAAAGAUGAUGGAGGUCCACCAGUCCUAUAUGAUGAAUAGCGCCAGGCCCACUGCUCUCAGUGUCAACCAGUGGUGACUGUCAGCUGCCAGUGGCAAGCGGCGUUAUGGGUGUACGGAAAUACCAAAACACGAGGCGUGGUGGUGCUUCUGUGCUUUUUAUUCCCUUGUAACCCAUGUGCCAGAUGUGUGGAAUUUUUAGCACGGCAUUGAGAGAAUAUAUUGUCACUACCUCCCAUCUUAUAAGCAGGAUAACAUAAUUCUUUAACAGCUAUAGGUUAUGUAGCUGAAAUAGACCUGAUUUUAUAGGAUUCAUGGUAUAAAGUAUUUUGAUGAGAAUUUUUUAAACUUAGGGAACAUUUCCAAAUAUGGGAGGAAAGGACAGAUGUGUUUAUAAGGGAGGAGUUUAUUACAACAUAAGUGCUUUUUUUACCUCCCUGUUUUGUGCUGUGUCUUUCCUCAAAUAGUUUAUCACCUGAAAUUAGCCCUUCUCAAUUCUCUUUCUAAAUUGUGAUAAUAAUUCCCAAGAAAAAUUCUUCUCCUUAGUAGGUGAUACAAAUGGAAAUUUGGUUUCAGAAUGGCUGACAGAAACAGACACAAGCUAAGUACUUUUUAUUGGUGCAUCAUAAAUAUGAACUGAAUUCAUUCCCAUAUUCAUACCCAAGAAAAGGCAUCAUAGAUUUCUGAGGGUGAUAAGAUAGAAUUUCUUAACUACUCAGAUUUUUUUAAUGUAACAUUCAGCUUUUCUACACUUAGGUGAAAUGGUUAGGAUAUAUAAAUCAUGGUGUGGCUGCAUUUAUAAUGGAAAGGUAAAUUACCUGGAAGGACAGAAUAUAAUAUUUAACCAAGUUUGACAUAUUUUAAUGAAGUCAGUGAAACAAAGUUUACAUUUCAAACUAUAUGCUUAUUGAUUGAUUUUGGGAGAAAUACAGCAAGCUAAUUAGAAAUAAUCAAAUUAUGAAAAGUAUAAAAUAACUGGGAUAUCAAAUUAAUCAUCUGAACUAUCUGGCCUCACUUUAAAUAAUUUUUAGUACUGGCUAGAUGCCAACAUCUUAAACAAAGCAAGCACUGUACUGGAAAAGUAUGUUGGCUUUGUUAGGUUUGAAGUUCAUUAACCACAGCGUAAUCAUUCCUCCUAUUACUGAAUUCAAGCUGGAACCACUAAGGACCCAAACUGUGUGUCUUGUACUAGAAAGUAAAAAUCCAAACAUUUACACUUGGAAGCUUUUCCUUUAACACUAUUUUUUAAAUGCCUAAAAUGUUCUUUCUAGAAAAAUAUUUAUUUUUGUUCUGUUGAAUGGCUUUUAAGUACAUUUCAGAGAAGUGUGAUUUGGGAUAGAUACUCAUUACAUUUCUGAAAUGUUUAGUCUGAAAGAUUUAAGAUGGCGAUUAUUGGCUUUACAGAAAUUUCAGACAACUAAUUAAAAGAAACAUUAACCAUUUAAAACUUUUUUAUCUUAUUUUCUGACAUACUCUGACAAAGAGCAGCAAACCAUUGCUCUGUGGCAUUCUUGGAGUGUGCUGUGAACAUGCUUUUUAAGAAAUUAAAAAUGGAGAGAUCAUUUAAAAAAAAAAAAAAAACCACAAUGAGA